AUGGCGUUCGCCAGACCUCGAGUCGGUCGCCCGCGCGCCGUGCUGCGCCCGACGACUCCUGACGCCGUCUUUGCUCAUCGCCCACGCCGAUCGGCGAAUUUCCACCGCGGCGAUGCGCGCGCGACGUGGGCGCGGUUACAUAGGGUCUCGCAGCUUGGCGAGGCCGGGCUCGUAGUACCGAUGCCACAAUCGCGCUACGCACCCACGCUCUCGCCCAGUGCUCUCAGAAUCGCGUGUGGACUCACUGCGGACCAUAGGUAUAUGCUGAGGCGAAGCGGAGAACGGACAGGGCAGACGGGUGCACUGUCGAGGUGGGACUCAGUACGCGAACGCGGCCCUGCGAUCGCCUCUUCCCGCGCCAUUCACUCAGACACCCUUCUUUUCCCUCCCAAGCGGACUCCCGCUCACGCGUCAUCGAUAUUUGCUCUGCGCGUGUCGGACGGGCCACAUACCACCGCCGGGCGUGUGCGUGUAAGCCUGCGGAUUCGCGUCCCGCCUCGAUCAUCUGUCGCCGCUCCUCGCCCUCUCCCUCGUCUUCACUGCUCUUUCCUCGAUCUGGACACAGGCGCAAAAGUCGUUGCUUCAACCUUUUUCCGCUUCGCCCUAGCCGCUGCCCAUAUGCGCUCUCGGAACGAUCACGCUGGCCCCGUCUGGCCCCCCUCGCAUGUCUCUACUCCCUCCGGCCCUAGACCCCACCCCGCACGCGCGGCGGAACAUGAAUCGAACCGAACUUUGAACGGAAACUCGACCGUGAACAUUGACGUAGGGAUAUCGCCAUAUACACCUGCAUACCCGGCGCAGGCAAUGUGCACCCCCCCCAAAGCGCAGCCAUUAAGCGUUCAUGCUCCCCUCACAUCUGCCGUUGGCACAACCUUGGUAUCGGUGGCCCUGAUGCCAUCGUCAUCGACUCGCCAGUGA